AUGGCGUCCCAGGGUUCUCAGCCCGGCAAUACGAUCAUUGUUGGGAUCGAUUUCGGCACCACGUACUCCGGGGUCGCGUUCACCUGGUCAAAGAAGAUCAAGCGCAUGCAAGUCAUUUCGAGUUGGGAUUCAGAACUGCACUCUAGUUCCGACGAAGAGAAAACCCCGACCGCCAUUUCCUUCGGGUCCAAGGGUAAAGUUAGCUGGGGAUACAAUAUCCCUUUCGGUGCGGAGCAAGGGAAGUGGUUCAAGCUCCUACUCAUCGACGACAAGGACCUGCCCGAAGAUGUCCGAAAGUCGACCAAGAUCAAAGAGGCGCGAGUUUAUCUCAAGAAGCAUAACAAGACGCCAGUCGCCGUCAUCGCUGGAUUCCUGCGCCUGCUCUGCAAUCAUUGUAACCAGCGAAUCAUCGAGACGGCCAGCCGGAGCCUAGUGAACUACUCCAAGUUCCACAUCGUCAUAACUCUCCCCGCCAUUUGGCCUGACUACGCUCGCAACCGGAUGAGGGAAGCCGCCGAACAGGCAGGCAUGCUCUCAGCGCGCGUCGCAGGCGAAACCACGCUAAGCUUCAUCUCCGAGCCUGAGGCGGCCGCCUUGGCUACGCUCUCGGAUAUGGAGAGGCGCUGCGAUAUCAUGGUGUUUGGCAGUCUCUCGUCCCUCGCCACACUCGCAGGCAGGAGUCAGAAUCCUCCGGGACUCCCCGUUGUAAACAAGAAGUCCCGCGGCGAGGACAACGCUCCCCGCCGUCUUCUUGCCGCCUUGAUCGUCGUCCAGAUCGGGUUGUUGGAGUCGGUUUUCGAAAUCUGCAAGCCGUUUGUUUAG